UUUAUACAUUAUAAUCUCUUCCUCUCUUCAGCCACAGUUUUUUCUCUCUCUAAAACACAUUUUCUCUCACUCGUCUAGGUCGUAAGAAAUACGGAGAUCGGAGAAUUGGCGCUUUGUCCUUGGAAUUGAGUUAAGGAAUUAGGGUUUCUGAGGAUUUUAAGGCGAUCGAGGGAGGAUUUGGGAUUUCUAGGGUUUCCCGGGGAUUAGAGAAAUUGGGGAUUUUGCUAGGGUUUUGGUGAAGUAAAUUGAUAUUGCUCUCAAUUGACUGGGGAUUGGAUUGGAUUGGAUAGGAUAAUUGAUGUUUGAGGCUGGGCUGGUUAUAGGAGGUGCUGAAGAUGCCAGUCGUAUUGUAUUAUGCUGCAUGGGAAGGGACAAAGGGAAAGUGAGGUUUGUCGACGCUCGACGACUGGUGGUCAGCACAUGCCGGCGACGACCACGACCACUGUAACCGCCGCUCGUUCUUCUGUUGUUUCUUCUAUUACCUCUGAUUCGUUCUGCAAGGAUGGUCGCAAAGUUUUUGUGGGCGAUUGUGCUUUGUUCAAACCACCACACGACUCCCCACCUUUCAUUGGAAUAAUCCGAAGGCUUACAUUGAGUAAAGAUAAUAACCUGCAGUUAGGUGUUAAUUGGCUUUAUCGACCUGCUGAGCUGAAGCUUAGCAAGGGCAUCCUUCCGGAGGCCGCACCCAACGAAAUCUUUUAUUCCUUUCAUGGGGAUGAGAUUCCUGCUGCAUCACUACUGCAUCCGUGUAAAGUUGCAUUCCUUUCUAAAGGUGCUGAACUUCCAACAGGGAUAUCCUCAUUUAUCUGCCGGCGUGUUUAUGACAUUUCAAACAAGUGUUUAUGGUGGUUAACUGACCAAGAUUACAUCAAAGAACUACAAGAGGAAUUAGACCAACUAUUAAACAAGACACGAGUAGAGAUGCAUGCAACAGUGCAACCGGGUGGUCGCUCUCCGAAACCAAUGAAUGGUUCAAUGUCAACAUCACAAUUGAAGCCGGGUUCAGAUAAUGUACAAAGCAGUGUAGCUUCUUUUCCUUCACACGUCAAGGGAAAGAAGAGGGAGCGGGGAGAUCAGGGCUCUGAGUCAAUUAAACGUGAACGUUCAAUCAAGACAGAUGAUAUAGAUUCUGGUCAAAUCAAAGCUGAAAGUGUACUUAAAUCUGAAAUUUCUAAAAUUACAGACAAAGGAGGGCUUGUAAACUCUGAAGGGGUUGAGAACCUAGUUCAGCUGAUGCAGCCGGAUAGAAUGGAUAGGAAAAUGGAUUUGAUCAGUCGUUCGAUGCUUGCAAGUGUUGUAGCUGCAACUGACAAUUUUGACUGUCUUACUAGGUUUGUACAGUUAAGAGGUCUGCCUGUGUUAGACGAGUGGCUUCAAGAUGUUCAUAAGGGGCGGAUUGGUGAAUAUAGCAACACAAAAGAUAGUGACAAAUCGGUUGAAGAUUUUCUCUUCGUUUUGCUUCGUGCACUUGAUAAGCUUCCCGUGAACCUUCAAGCGCUGCAGAUGUGCAAUAUUGGCAAGUCUGUUAAUCACUUGCGGCAGCAUAAAAACACGGAAAUACAGAGGAAGGCGCGAAGUUUAGUUGACACGUGGAAGAAACGGGUUGAAGCUGAGAUGAACAUCAUUGAUGCCAAGUCUGGUUCAAAUCAGGUUGUCACGUGGCCUUCUAAAUCAAGAUUGCCUGAGGCUUCUCAUAAUGUUGGCAAAAAUCCUGGUGGUUCAAAUGAUUUUACAAAGGGUGCACUUGCACAGCUUUCUGCAUCUAAAAUGGCCUCGAUAAAGCCUUCACAAGGGGAAACUACUACAAAGUCUGCGUCCUUGUCUCCGGGCUCAACAAAACCAGCAUCAUCACCUGCAUCUGGAAAGGAGGGUCAGCCCAGAGUUCCAGUUGGCGGAUCCUGUGAUGUUCCUUUAGCAAGGGAAGACAAGAGCAGCAGUUCUAGCCAGUCUCACAACCACAGUCAGUCCUUCUCGGGGAAGGAGGAUGGGAGAAGUUCGACUGCAGUGUCAAUGAACAGCAUCAAGAUCUCUACUGGCGGUUCUCGUCACCGGAAGUCAAUUAAUGGAUAUCCUGGAUCAUCAGUAUCUGGAAGCCAAAAGGAGAGUGCUGCAGGCAGAAGUUCACAUAGGAAUCCUACCUCAGAAAAGUUACCGCAAUCUGCAUUGAGUGGUGAGAGAACUGUUGAUGUGCCAGUUCUCGAGGGGAGUGGUCACAACCACAAAUUGAUAGUUAAGAUAUCUAGCAGGGGACGCAGUCCUGCACAGAGUGCCAGUGCAGGAUCCUAUGAGGACCCUACGAACAUGAGCAGCCGAGCUUCUUCUCCUGUGCUUUCUGAAAAGAAUGAUCAAUUUGACCGAACAUUAAAAGAAAGUGCGAAAGCUGAAUCCUGGCAGAGCAAUGAUUUCAAAGAUGUACUAACCGGUUCUGAAGACGGUGAUGGAUCACCAGCUACUGGUCCGGAGGAAGAGCGAAGCAAGAUUGUCGAUGAGGGCAGGAAAUCAGCAGAAGCUAGAGCUGCUUGUACAUCAGGGAUCGAAUUGAAGUCUGGAAAACUGCACGAAGCUUCUUUUAGCUCCAUGAAUGCUUUGAUUGAGAGCUGUGUAAAAUAUUCUGAAGCAAACAUGCCUAUGUUAUUGAGUGAUGCUAUUGGAAUGAAUCUCCUUGCCAGUGUGGCUGCCGAAGAAAUGUCCAAGUCUGACAUGGUUUCACCUUCUGUUUCUACGCAAAGAAAUACCCCUGCUGCUGAAGAUGCUUGCACAGGUGAUGAUGUCAAGUCAAAGUCACCUCUGGCUGAUAUCUCCACUGGUGACCGUAGAAAUGAUGAUGAUGGUGAUAGAGAGAAACUGGUUGUUAGUGCUAGUGCUUCAUGGUCGGAGAAUAAACUGCAUCCAUCCAAGGGUGCUGCUACGGAGUUCUCUGGAGAUAGAAAGGCCUCUUUUUUAUCUCCUGAAGAGACAAUGACAGGAGGAUACAACAAACAGUUCAACUCUCCCUGCAUUGAUUCACAGCCGGCUGGAGUGAAGUUGGAGAUCACUGAGAAGUCAGGUGAGAUGGAAAAAGCUGCUUCUUCACCUCAUAGUCUAUCUGACAAGGCAAUCGAUUGUGAUAUAAGCAAACAAUCCCAGGAGGAAAAGGUGGUGUCCCGUGAGGUCAAGGUUGAUGGUGCUCUAGAUGCUAAAUUAGGUGGAAGUUGUACUUCAGUAUUAGAACACAAGGUCAGUAAUGCAGUAGUAAGCUUCAAAGACCAGAAACCAACAGUUGAAGUCUGCACUUCUAAGUUUGAAAUUGAGAACAAGAAUGGUGUGAAUAGGGUGUUGAACAAUGCUAGUACCGAGAUGAAACCAUCUUUUGUGGCAAAAUCUGAAAAGAUGGAGGCAAGUGACAAGGAAGAGCGUCUACCAACUAGUUCAAGUGGAGAUCCCACUACAGACAAAGGUGGACAGUCUGAUGAAGCAAAUAUAAGUCUUGUUCAUCUGUCUGAAAAGACAAAAUGUGAUCAAGGAGCUGUUGAUGUUUCAGCUGAGGAUAAAGCCCGUGUGGAUAUUGAUUUUACUACUAGAAAUCAGAAAAGUGAAACUAGUGUUGAAAGGAAGGAUGUCACUGUGCAGAACUCUGGCUUGUUACUCAAUCAGAAAGAGAAACCUGGUUUUUCAAAUGCAGAAGUGCUGAAACAUCGGGAAUCUAGAGAAUCAAAUUUCUCUGCUGUUGAAGAAGAUAAAACAAAGGACUGUGGAUCCACCACUCUGGAGACUUCUUCGGUCUCUGCUGCUGCUCCAGAUUCAGCUUCAAAGGUGAAGUUUGACUUAAAUGAAGGUCUUAUUUCUGAUGAAGGAAAAUACGGGGAGACAAUCAACUUUGCAGGCCCUGGAUCUCUAUCCAAUGUCCAUAUUAUGAACCCAUUACCUUUUGCGGUAUCCUCAGUUUCCUGUAGUCUUCCUGCCUCCAUUACAGUGGCUGCCGCCGCCAAAGGUCCGUUUGUUCCACCAGAGGAGCUAUUGAGGGUUAAAGGGGAAUUUGGAUGGAAAGGAUCAGCUGCCACAAGUGCAUUUCGCCCAGCUGAGCCCAGGAGAUCUCUUGAUAUGCCAUUAAGUUCCACAAAUAUCUCUCAUCCUGAAGCUUCUACCAGCAAGCACACUCGUCCACAAUUAGAUAUUGACCUGAAUGUACCAGAUGAAAGAACUUUUGAUGAAAUAAAUUCUCGAGAUUCUGCUCUAGAGUUGAUCUCGCCGUUGGACCAUAUGACUAAUUGUGCUGCAUUGAAGAAUGAAGUAAUAGAUUCUCCUGCUGUUCGCUGUUCUGGAGGACUUGAUCUUGAUUUAAAUAGAGUUGAUGAACCUGGUGAUGUUGGGCAGUGCUCUGUGAGUAGCAGUAGUAGAUUGGAUGGUGCAGUUUUACCUUCCAAAACAUCAUCAUCCAUUGGCUUGCCAACUGGGGAGGUGAGGAGGGACUUUGAUUUAAAUAAUGGGCCUGGUGUUGAUGAUUCCAGCGCAGAACAGUUUUUAUUCCACGAUAAUCAUCAGGGAAGCAUGCGUUCCCAACUGCCUGCUUCUAGCCUCAGACUGAACAAUCCAGAAAUGGGGAAUCUUUCUUCUUGGUUUACUCCUGGGAAUACUUAUUCAACUGUGACACUUCCAUCAAUUUUGCCUGAUCGUGUGGAGCAGCCGCCAUUCCCAAUGGUCACACCUGGUGCACAACGAAUAUUGGGUCCUCCAGCUGCUGGUUCUCCUUUCACUCCGGAUGUUUACCGGAGUUCAGUAUUGUCAUCAUCGCCUGCCAUGCCUUACCCAUCCUCCCCUUUUCAGUAUCCUAUAUUUCCUUUCGGAACGAGCUUCCCACUUCCUUCUGCAACAUUUUCAGUUGGAUCAACUUCUUUCGCAGAUUCUUCCUCUGGUGGACGGCUUUAUACGCCCCCUGUAAAUUCACAGUUGCUGGGUCCUGUUGGCGCUGUGUCAUCUCAGUAUCCAAGGCCUUAUGUGGUUGGACUUCCUGACAGUAGCAGCAACGGUACCAUGGAUCACAAUAGAAAAUGGGGAAGGCAGGGUCUGGAUCUUAAUGCAGGCCCUGGAGUGGUGGACAUGGAAGGGAGAGAAGAGUCGGUUUCUUUGUCGUCAAGGCAACUCUCUGUUGCCGGUUCACAAGCAUUAACGGACGAGCAUGGUAGGAUGUAUGCUGUUCCUGGGGGUGUUCUGAAGAGGAAGGAGCCUGAGGGUGGGUGGGACAGUGAGAACUUCAGAUUCAAGCAGUCAUGGCACUAAGAUCUGCAAUCUGGUGAUUUUAUAAGCUACUGGAGGAUGGACUUGGCUAACUCCUCAAACUCUCAGCUUCUGGCAUGCUCCAGUGGGUGGGCGGUAAGUGAGCAAAAUUGAUGUUCAGAGUCUCCGACCACCACCUCUUCAGCUUAUCAGUGUAGUUGGGAUUUCCAUGAUUUGCAAGCACACUUUGGUGAGCUAUAUUCUCUGGGUGGAUGCAGAUGAGUUUUCCCUCUGUAGAUAUUUAACUGUUGGAAAGCUUGAUAUCUUUGAUGCCCAGGGACUGGGGAUAAAUCAAUGUUAUCCUGUCCAAAUUAUUGACAAUGGAGGUCCAAUUUCGAGACUGAAUCAAACGGAAAGCUUUUCUUUGUGCUUUGCUGUUAAUCAUCUUUCUUUGCUUCCCGUGUUCUUGGCUUUUUUCUGUCCUCCUUUGCCCAUUACAUAUGUAUACAGGGUUGACACCAAAUUUUGGUACUAAUGCUUUCAUCAGGCAUGUUUUAGUUGUUGUGGCUGCCAUUGUACCAUAAAUUAAAUCGUUCUAACGUUAGUUGUAGUCUCAUUCACAGAUGAUAGAACUCUUGUUAAUGAUUUUUUCAAUGAUGGUGGGGUGAUGUGCUUGUUUUUCUUUCAA